UUUACAGGCGCGAUCCAAACCCAAGCUCAAUAACCAGCAAUUCAUACAACCACAACAAAAUGGGAUCACUCUUUGAACAACCUAGAAAUGCCGGGACUUUGUUCCUUGGUGGCCAGAAAAUCAGCGGUUCAGAUAUUCGUGACCAAAAUGUACUGGCCACUCAGGCUAUCGCAAAUGUGGUGAAGAGCUCUUUUGGUCCCAGCGGUCUGGACAAAAUGAUGGUGGACGAUAUUGGAGAUGUGACUGUUACCAACGAUGGCGCGACUAUUCUGAGCUUACUAGAUGUCGAGCACCCUGCAGGAAAGAUCUUAGUCGAUUUAGCACAACAACAAGACAAGGAGGUGGGCGAUGGAACGACGUCUGUGGUUAUCAUUGCAGCAGAGCUUCUGAGGAGAGCAAACGAGCUUAUGAAGAACCGAAUACAUCCUACCACGAUUAUCACCGGCUACAGAUUAGCUCUUCGGGAAGCUGUCAAGUACAUGCACGAGAAUAUCAGCGUCAAGGUGGAUCAACUAGGUCGGGAGUCUCUAAUCAACAUCGCGAAAACUUCGAUGUCCAGCAAGAUUAUUGGAUCCGACUCCGAGUUCUUUUCCAAUAUGGUUGUGGACGCUAUGCAAGCUGUCAAGUCAACAAACAACAGACAGGAGGUUAAAUACCCAGUCAAGGCGGUCAACAUUCUCAAGGCACACGGGAAGGGAGCUCUGGAGUCGAUUCUGGUGAAGGGUUAUGCGUUAAAUUGCACAGUUGCGUCACAGGCGAUGAAGACAAGAAUUACGGAUGCCAAGAUUGCUGUUCUUGACAUGAAUUUGCAGAAGGAGAGAAUGAAAUUGGGAGUUCACAUCACCAUUGAUGAUCCACAACAACUGGAACAAAUCAGACAGCGAGAGGCUGGUAUUGUGAUGGACAGAGUGGAGAUGAUCCUCAAGUCAGGAGCUAACGUUGUUCUCACGACGAAGGGCAUCGACGACCUCUGCCUGAAGCUUUUCAUUGAGAAGGGAGCUAUGGCUGUACGAAGAUGCAAGAAGGAAGAUCUACGAAGAAUCGCGAAAGCAACCGGUGCCACUCUCAUCAGCUCGUUAUCGGAUCUCAACGGUGAUGAAAAGUUCGACGCUUCAUCCCUUGGUCAUGCCGAGGAAGUUGUGCAGGAGAGAAUCUCGGAUGAUGAGUGCAUCCUAAUCAAGGGCACUAAAGUCCACACUUCAGCUUCCAUCAUUCUCCGAGGACCGAACGACUACCAACUUGAUGAGAUGGAGAGGUCUGUACACGAUUCGCUUUGUGCUGUCAAGCGAACCCUUGAAAGUGGUAGCAUCGUCCCUGGUGGUGGCGCCGUCGAGACAGCUCUUCACAUUUAUCUUGAAGAGUUUGCUGGUACAGUUGGUUCCCGAGAGCAACUGGCCAUUGGCGAGUUUGCUCAAUCUCUUCUUGUCAUCCCAAAGACUCUCGCUGUCAAUGCUGCCAAGGACUCUUCUGAGCUGGUAGCACAGCUUAGAUCAAGACAUGCCUUAUCACAACGCAUUCAAGAUGGCGAUGCCAAUGAGGACGAGAAAACCAUUGCAAAGAAGAAGAAUUAUAAGAAUUAUGGUUUGGACCUGACGAAAGGAAAGGUGGUAGACGAAAUCAAGGCCGGUGUCUUGGAGCCGAGCAUGAGCAAGAUUCGGCAGUUGAAGAGUGCUGUAGAAGCUUGCAUCUCUAUCAUGAGGAUAGAUACGUUGAUUCGACUAGACCCCGAACAACGUGGAGGGGAGGAUGAUGGUCAUGGUCAUUGAUGAGGCACUUCGAGCUAAUGCUUGUAAAAUAGUCGACUAGAGAUGUAUGCAUGGUAUGCUAGAGAAAUGAUAACCUCAAGCAUGAGUAGUCGAAGUCAAAAUAAUCUAG